CGUGGCUUGUAUUAGCGGCGCGAGCCGAGCUCGAGAGAGGGCCAGAAAGCGUCACCCCCCCGGUUGCGCGAGAGCUGCCUGCUUUUCUAACGGCUCUCUGUACGAACUGGGACGGCAAGUUAAGACGCGGAUUAAUCCUGAAUACACACUUUACAGACAAAAUAAAGAUAUAAAGAGUAGCAUGGUGGAGAGUUUAUAAAUCACCCAGGAAGAUUUAGGUUUGUCCGUGGAAUGAGUGGCACAUGCGCGAGCUGGGGUACAUGCGCGAGCUGGGGCUGUAAGGCAGUAGGAGGACUUUAUUAGUGCAGGACGGCGUGAAGCUGAAAUAAAAGCCGAGGUCGCCUUUCUUGCACGCACUGCUCGGUAUGGUGAUCAUGCGAGAGGCGAGUGCAGGAGGUCCGGCCGCCGUGUCUGCCCAGGGUCGACCCCUGCAGGUGGGCUUUUACGAGAUCAUCCGCACGCUGGGGAAGGGCAACUUCGCCGUGGUCAAACUGGCCAGGCACAAAGUGACCAAAACCCAGGUCGCUAUUAAAAUAAUCGACAAGACCCGUCUGAACUCGUCCAACCUGGAGAAGAUCUACAGGGAGGUGCAGAUCAUGAAGCUGCUGAAUCACCCGCACAUCAUUAAGCUCUACCAGGUCAUGGAGACCAAAGACAUGCUGUACAUCGUAACGGAGUAUGCGAAAAACGGCGAGAUGUUCGACUACCUGACGUCUAACGGACGCAUGAGCGAAGCCGAGGCACGCAAGAAGUUCUGGCAGAUCCUCACAGCCGUCGAUUACUGCCACCACCACCACAUCGUCCACCGAGACCUCAAGACCGAGAACCUGCUGCUGGACGCCAACAUGAACAUCAAACUCGCAGACUUCGGGUUCGGAAACUUCUACAAUGCCGGAGAGCCCUUGUCCACGUGGUGCGGCAGCCCACCGUACGCCGCACCCGAGGUUUUUGAGGGAAAAGAAUACGAAGGUCCACAGCUGGACAUUUGGAGUCUGGGUGUAGUACUGUAUGUGUUGGUGUGCGGUUCGCUGCCGUUUGAUGGAGAAAGUCUGCCAGCGCUCAGGCAGAGAGUGACGGAAGGACGCUUCAGAAUACCUUACUUCAUGUCAGAAGACUGUGAGAAUCUGAUCCGUAAGAUGCUGGUGGUGGAUCCAGCCAAGCGGAUCGGCAUCGCUCAGAUCAAGCAGCACCGCUGGAUGUUAGCCGACCCCAGCGCCCCCCACCAGACGCUCUCGCACUCCCUCACUGACUACAACUCCAACCUGGGUGACUACAGUGAGCCCGUCCUGAGCAUCAUGCACGCGCUGGGCAUCGACCGCCAGAGGACCGUGGAGUCGCUCCAGAGCAGCAGCUACAAUCACUUCUCGGCCAUCUACUACCUUCUGCUAGAGCGGGUUAAAGAGCACCGGAGCCAGCAGCUCAACCGGCAAUGCGGAGGUGCUUGGACCCAGAGGAGCAGGAGCACGUCUGACUCCUCGUCCAGCCCAGAGGUGAUGGUGGAGUCGCCCGACAGCUUCCGCCCCGCCUUGCCUGUCGCCGCGACGAUGAACACAGCGCUGCACUCACAGAUGGAGUGGGAUCAGGGAGGUCUGUUUCAGCGGGUGGUGUGUCCGGUGGAGGCGAGUCUCAACGGUCUCCUCUGGAAUCGCUCCAUCUCUCCAAACAGUCUCCUGGAGACCACCAUCAAUGAAGAAGUGCGUCCAGGAGCCCUGGAAGAGGAGGACGGAACGCUGCAAGCCCCUCCCACGCUUCUCCCAAACACAGCCUCACGUAGACACACCCUCGCCGAAGUCUCCGCCCGCUUCCAUCUCUGCAACCCUCCAUGUAUCGUGAUUAGUCCUUCAGACGCCACUUCAUCAGACAGCUGUCUGAAAUCAUCGUCCAAUCCGACUCCGCCCCUGUCCACCAACGCAGUAGGAGAUCUCUCAACGCUGCUAGCCUCCGGAUUCGGAACCGGGACAUCGGGGCCGGCCGGUGCUCCUCUGGCUCUGUCCUCCAACCGAAUCCUGCAAAACCAGGGCAGUCUCCAGGCAGCCAGCUUCCAGGAAGGGCGCAGAGCAUCCGAUACCUCUCUCACACAAGGAUUGAAAGCCUUCCGUCAGCAGCUGAGGAAGAACUCUCGUACCAAAGGUCUGCUGGGUCUGAAUAAGAUCAAGGGUCUGGCGAGACAGGUGUGCCCUCCGACCUCAUGCUCCAGGGGCAGUAGGGGGUCAUUAGGGCCCACGCUGUGCCCCCCAUCGGGCCUUCAGGGCACCGGAGGACCUCGAGAGCGACGCAGCAUGCUGGAGGAGGUGCUGCAUCAGCAGAGGAUGCUACAAAUCCAGCACCAGCCCCAGCAGCAGAACACGCUCUUCCUCACACAGUCCCAUCAGCUGCCUUCCUCCUCCUCCUCUUCCUCCUCAUCCUCCUCUUCACCUCCCUCCACCAGCCUGUUUGCUCCAGCUGCUUUAUUCUCCAAUCCUCCACCCCAGACCUCCACCCAGCUGAUUCCUGCAUGCCAUCAGAGCUCUGUUCCUCUUCAGCACAGUCUGUGGCAGCAGAACGCAGACUCCUCUUCCUCAUCUUCCUCCUACUCGUCCCUGUCUCCCGUGGCGUCUGCGGCUCAUCUGCUGGAAGCCCGACUGCACAUCAGCCAGCAGCCUCACCUCCAAGUGCAUCCUCAGCCUCAACUCCAGCUUCAGAGCUACACCCAGGGGCAGCUCUCGCUCUUACCCCAGCAGCCGAGCUGGAGCCUGGGAGGCAGCGGAGGCCCCGAUACCCCUGAGCUUCAGGAGCAGCAGCUCAGCAGCUGUGUGAUGGUCAAAUAAGGACAAAAAAGUGUUUCAUGAUCCGGAGUGAAGUUUAACUGACUUGCAGGAUGAGAAAGCUUUGUGUGUGUGUGUGUGUGUGUGCAUGAACUCAAAAGAAGACAAAAAAGCAAUAACUAAACUCUUUAUGGACGUCACACUCGUCCCCCUCUGACUCCGGUCUCUUGUCCUGAGAAAGCAAUAACAGACAGGGGGUGAAGCGAAGUGGAAAAACACACACACACACACACACACACACACACAGAACAGACAUCUGUGCGUGUUUUAAAAUAAUCACAUCAGACUAUUCAAUUUAUUCAUUUUACUAUGACAAAUAAUGUAUGAAAAAUAGGACGGUCUUCCUUAAACCAACGGAUUUAAUUUUAUUAUUAUUUUUUUUACUGCAACUUUUUUUCACUUCACUGUAGAAGACCAAAGGUUUAUUUAUUUUUUUCUUUUUAGCCUUUUUUUUUUUAUGUCCUUCAAAACAAAUACGGUUUGUUAUUUAGUAAACUGCGGGAGCUUGUUGGUGGGUGGAGCCGAGAGCCAUGCACGGUACUUUAUUAAAUGAAAUAAGAUAGAAUUAGAGAAAGUAGACGUCUCGCACACUGUCAUCUUGAUGCAGCUGGAUUUUCAUCACACAUCUGUACGUCACUAAUAAUCAUUACGGCUACAAGGCAAAAUAAUGAGAUUUUUAAAUUGAAAUAAUGCGAUGAAUCACGACUUGUUGAUGAAUCAGGAGAAAGCCUGAGGACCUCCAGCUCCACUGCUCAGCACCGCGUCACGUUCAGAUACUGAUCACCUCCUGAGCUUCGAGCUCGCUACGUUUUAAAGGAGAAAUUCAGGCAUAGCUCCUUCUCUGUCGUAUCACUACCUCCUCCAUCUCCUUCACCAUCUCCUCCUCCUCCUCCUCCUUCUCCUCCUCUUCUUCUUCCUCACUGCAGCGCAGUUUCUCCCAGAACAAAGCUUAUGGGAUUAGUGCAAUAUUUCACACUCAGCUGUAGUACCUGUAGUACCAGAUCCAGAAGCUGAUAGGAAUCCAGCAGGUACUCAAUGCAUCAAUUAUUAUUAUUAUUAUUAUUAUUAUUAUUAUUAUUAGUUUUUUAAGUUUGUCGUGAAACAAAAUCAGAUAUCUCUGAGAUUCACAGCUGUAUUAUUUAUUAGUAUCACGAAAAGCUGUAUUUGUUUUUUGUUUUUUGUUUUUCCUUAGCAAAUUCCGACAUUAGACGUCCAAAAAAUAUCGACUAAAUUUUUGUUUGAAAAUUAAAUUAAAUCGGUUCUUAGUCGCUAAAUCAGGGCUGGGUGAUUUUAUUUAUUUUUAUUAAUUAAUUCAUUUAUUUAUUUAUUAGUAAACAGAAAUAUAAUAUAAACUAAAAAAAAGGUUUUGGUUAAAAUUUAAAACAUUUUAAAAUUGAUUUUAACGUUAAAAUUUGGCUGAUUUCAACUUGGUAAUUAUUUUAAAAAACGUUUUAAAGUCAUGUAUUUAAAAAUGAUAUUAGGACGCUGCAGUGAAGAGAGUGUUUCGUGAUAUUUUAUCACAAUAUCGUUAUUAUAUCAUCAGAUCACCCAGCCCUGAGCGAGAAAUAUUUAAACAGUGUUAAAAAUUUGGCAAAAAUUGUCACAAAUCCAGGAAGUUAAUUAAACAAUCCUUUAUGUUAUUAUUAUUAUUAUUAUUAUUAUUAUUAUUAUUAUUAUUAAUUUAUUUUUCUUUGCAUAAAUUACAUGGACUUUUUUUUUUUUUUAGCUCUCAGACGUAGCGCAGAUGAAAAAGCAAUGAUUUUUAUCAGUGAGCGCGGACCGUGUCUGUGUUCCGCGUACGUUUAUUUUCCUCUCGAAACAUUCUGUAGCAAUAUAUAGCUGAGGAGAAGUUGCAGUUAGGUGCUAGAAUUAGAUUUUAAGCAGUGUUUUUUUUUCUCUCUCUGUGUGUGUGUGUGUGUGUGUGUGUGUGUGUGUGUGUAUACACGAUUCGUACCCCCAAACUGCACAUCUGUCUCUUUGUAGUUGGAAAAACAGGGUUCGAAACCAGUGACUGAAUGAGAUAAGCUGAAGGUGAUGUGAUUGUCAGAAACAGUGUUAAUCCGUUUGGACUUUUAUUUUAGUGUAAAAAACAAAAAAACAAUCGAUUUGCACUCACCGGAGACGCUUGUGCCUUUUUUUCCGAACAAAUCCCAUGGUGAGGAAAGCGAGUCAUUUUGUUUGUUUGUUUGUUUGUUUGUUUUUCUUCCCCCUGUGCUGAUUGUAGGACACUUUGAGAAAAGCACAUUGAGGAGAACGUGGAUUUUUAGACUCACAGUGAAUCAGACAGAACCUUUUUUCCCCCUCCUUUGUUUAUUUUUCUCAGAAUAAUGCACUUUAUAAUGAAUAUUUCUCCUUCUGAAAAUAGUGUUGUUUCCACUGCUGGGCUAGAGAAGUCUUCUUUAGUGUUAAAGCAUUCACAAUAAUAUUAAACACUAUUUUUUAUUUUAUUUUAUGUAGAACUGUAAAGAGAGCUGUUUGUUUGUUUUUUGUUAACAUUUGGGAUGUUCUUCCCUGAUUUUGCUUGCUGAACUGUAAAUGUCUUGAACGUGUGAAAGUGUGUGUGUGUGAGAGUUGUUUAUUUAUGUGGCUAUUUAUUUUAAAUAAAAGUAAAAUUCCUAAAA